AUGCCACAUCAAGCACAUUUGAGGUUCAUGCAGAACAUGUGGGUCAGGUGACAGCCUAUUUAUACAGCAUCAACACUGACAUUGCAAGGUGAGCUGUUCUCAGUUUAUGUCUCUUAGUGAAUUUCAACUCUAUCAGAAUUUCCCACGUCACAUUUCAGACAGAUUUUAAACCAACACAAUGUACUAAAAGUCUCUUGUUUAUGUUUUCCAGCUUUAAGACCAGAAUCCGUUUCUUGGUCAUUAGAAGCAAUAUCAUCGAUAUCAUUAACCAAUUCAUUGGUUGGAUUUACUUCCUUGCAUGGUCUAUCUCAUUCUACCCUCAAGUAUAUGAGAACUGGAGAAGAAAAAGGUAGUGCCUCUGAAACUGUCAUUAAAAAUAAAUAAAUAAAUAAUCUCUGCCUUAAAUGAGUUAAAGAACAUGUGGUCCUCUGUAGCUCAGCUGGUAGAGCACGGCGCUUGUAACGCCAAGGUAGUGGGUUCGAUCCCCGGGACCACACAUACACGAAAAUGUAUGCACGCAUGACUGUAAGUCGCUUUGGAUAAAAGCGUCUGCUAAAUGGCAUAUUAUUAUUAUUAUUAUUAUUAUUAUUAACAUAUGGAUUUGAUUUCUGACUGUGUCUAUUUGACAGUGUGGUGGGGUUGAACUUUGAUUUCCUGGCACUCAACUUGACAGGCUUCAUUGCCUACAGUGUCUUCAAUGUAGGCCUCUUCUGGGUUCCGUACAUGAAGGUAAGAGUUCUGCAUGCCCUCACUAAUAGUGUAACAAAUUGAGACAAAUCCUAAUUUGAGAUCUGCACGCACAACUCGGACAUCUGUGUCAGUCAUGGAUUGACACCAAUAGGGAUUUGUUCAAAUAUUUAGGUAUUCUAUGGUCCUAUUGACUUGGUUUUUACUACAUAGUUCUGUUAUUUAUUUUUCAGGAAGAGUUUGUGAAGAAAAAUCCAAACGGUGUGAACCCAGUGGAUGCCAACGAUGUGUUUUUUAGUCUCCAUGCAGUUGUGCUGACUCUUGUGUAUAUCUGUCAGUGUGCAAUCUAUGAGGUGAGUAACAGAAGACUAGUAAAAUGACUUCCUACAUGUCCCCCUUGGUUAUAGACCAGAGACAGAUGUUGGUUGGCAAAAUAAUGAUCAGCUUAUGUUUUGAUUGUUGGCAAAAAUAAAUACUUUAUGUCUGAUCCUUUGAUCACACAUUUUUGGAAAGGAAAGCAUUGUUGUCAAGGCCUCAAAUGAACAUUGACAGUUAAACGCUUGUUGAAAGUAAUGACUGUGUUCCUGUGUUAAAGAGAGGAGGGCAGAAGGUGUCCAAGAUUGCUAUUGGCCUUCUGGUGGUUGGAUGGACAUUCGCCCUGGUCACCCUCUUUGUUGCUGUGGCCAAUAAGAUCACCUGGCUGGAAUAUCUCUAUUAUUUCUCCUACAUCAAGUUAGGUGUCACCCUCGUCAAAUACAUCCCACAGGUAUGGAUUUCACAAUAUUUGACUGCAUAUUGAAUGGUUUUAGCUUAUACACAAUUAUAAUUUGUUACAAUAGAUAUUGUUGAUGCUAUUGAUUUUCAUGAUCACCACUACAUUGUCUUUCAUCAAUACACUGUCUGUGUGUACUCAGGCCUACAUGAACUACCAAAGACAAAGCACGGACGGGUGGAGCAUUGGCAAUGUGUUGCUGGACUUCACAGGAGGCAGCUUCAGUCUUAUUCAGAUGAUCCUUCAGUCAUAUAACAACAGUAAGGCUGCUCACGCCUACCUUGGAGCACUAAUGUGCAUACACCUCAGUAAAACAUAAUUAGUCAAAGUGAAAACGACAGUCAAAGGACAGUCCCAACAGUUGAAAAUGUGUCUUCAGUUGCAGGCAUUUACAAUCUCAAUUGCAGUCAUUCAUUGUUUAUUUAUAUAGCUUCUAUUUUCAUGGGGUUUUCUUUUCAAAAUAUAUAUUUUAUUACGUUUUUACAAUUAUUCCUGCACAUUAACACAAGAGACAGUGGCACAAUUAUAUAGAAGAAUUUCCUUUUCAUGCCCAUCCACCAUUCACCCAUCUCUUUCCCUGUGGCUGGGAGAAGAGCAGACAAAUCAGAAUAAAAAAAGUAAUCAACAUAAAGAAUAACAACAACAAAACCAUAAAGAAAGAAAGGGAAAAUUAAAUUGUUUAAAUAAUGGUGUUAUACAUGUUAUAAUAGUACAUUGAAAUAGUGAUACAUUUCAAUGUUGUUUUUCAGAUUAGUUUCAUCAGUCACAUAUUCUGCCUUACUACAUCACAUGCUUAAUUAUUUGAUGGUUUAUGUCAGGGUUUCAUGGAGUGUUUCUAUUGUUUCCUAGAUGAAUGGAAGCUCGUCUUUGGCGAUCCCACAAAGGCUGGACUUGGUUUGUUAUCCAUAUUCUUCGAUGUGGUGUUCAUCAUUCAGCACUACUGUCUAUACAGGCAUAAACCGCAUUACGAUCCAAUGGGUGACCAGAAAUAGGCUAAUAACCUCUCACUCUCUACCUCUGCCAGUGAAACUGGGGCCAAAUUAGUUUCUAUAGGACUAAUAUAAGGUAUUUAUUCUAUGCUGUGUUCCCAGCCAUUGAAUGGGAAGCUAUUUAGGGAAGCUAUUUAAACACAGGGCCUUUGCUUAAAAAGCACUUUUUGCAAAAUGAUUGUUUAGGAUAAUAGGGAUUUAUUUUUGUUCCAUAAUUUGUGAAGAAAUUCAUAGUUAUGGUUUGAUUCCAUUAAGGGAGGAACUAUGUAAUCUUUUUGAAAAAUGACUGUAUAGGCCUAUAACUUUUACAUCUGUCAAAGCAAUCGUUAAUUUUAUACAAUUGUUUAUUUUUGUUAUUUUGACUUUUCUAUAUUUGAAAGGUAAUUUCUAUUUGGAAAUGGAAAUAGAACAUCAUGCUUUAUUGUCAAAUUAGUAAAAGUUUUCCACGAAUUAAGUUUUGUGUGAUGUUUCAUUAUGCUUACAUUGAUUUUAUGAUGGCGGGGGGAACUAUUUCUGUUUUGUUGCACAAAUGUGUAGACAUGACUCCCCCUAGAGGUAGUAACAAUUAUUUGUCCAGCCAUAACGCGCAUGUCUACCGCGGAGUAUUGUGGGUGUCAGUGAGGAAGUAAAAUGGCGGACCUGGCAAACGAAGGUAAGGAACCGCUCAGUGGGGAAGAUAAACAAAUCUAAUGAAUGAACCACAAUGGCGAGUGAAUGUUGUCCAGACAGCGACGGGACUGUCAGCAGAUAUGCAGGGAAUGCGCCGUUGUGUUUGCAGCUCGAUGCGGAGGCAGCGGUUUGACUAAACAUUAGCAUACGUUAGAUCCCCCGGCCUUUGCUGGUUAUAUUUUACAGGGAGGUGGAGUGGGGGGGGUGGCGGUCCGGACCUUGUGGCACAACCGGGGGAGGGGCAGUUAACUUGUAGGACGUGAAAAUAUCACAUCUUUACAGAACUAGUUAACACGAGCUACCUACCGAUAUAGCUGCAUUUUUUGUAGCUAGUUAGCUAGACAAGUAAAGCAAACAUUACAUACUCAAGAACGAACAAUAGACAUCACAUCUGGGUCACGUGGGAAACACCGGGUGGAAUUUAUCUUCUCGAAUAAGUUAGCCUUUUUCAACUUCCCACCAUCACCAUGUAGCUAGAUCUACUAUGGUCAGAAACUACUAGAAACUAGCUAGCUAGUUAUCGGCAAAACGCAGACAACAAUGGCUAUGUCCGACCAUAGCUAGUGUUUUGCACAGCUGUGCUGCUUACAGACAGAAGUUCAGAACUAGGUCAUUCUUGUCCUUGCUCAUUGCCCGAGGUUACAAGUCACAUGUGUCUGACCCAUUGAGGUAGGCCCGACAUACUACAUGUUCCAAAUUCAGAGCGCAAUUUACUGUACUAGCCUAGUGACGUAAUAGGAUUACCAACGUGCUUAGCUAGCUAGAUGGAUGGAUUUGAAUGACUUUGAUAUACAGGAUCAAGUCAAUCCAUUUCAUGUAGCUAACAAUGCAACCUGGUCUCAGAGUAUUUACAUUUACGUCAUUUAGCAGAUGCUCUUAUCCAGAGCGAUUUACAAAUUGGUGCAUUCAACUUAUGAUACCCAGUGGAACAACCACCCUAGGAUUACUUUUUUUACUAUUCCAGGUAUUCCUUAAAGAGGUAGGGUUUCAAGUGUCUCCGGAAGGUGGUCAGUGACUCAGCUGUCCUGGCGUCGUGGGGGAGCUUGUUCCACUAUUGGGGUGCCAGAGCAGCGAAUAGCUUUGACUGGGCUGAGCGGGAACUGUGCUUCCGUAGAGGUAGGGGGGCUAGCAGGCCAGAGGUGGAUGAACGUAGUGCCCUCGUUUGGGUGUAGGGUCUGAUCAGAGCCUGAAGGUAAGGAGGUGCCGUUCCCCUCACAGCUCCGUAGGCAAACACCAUGGUUUUGUAGUAGAUGCGAGCUUCAACUGGAAGCCAGUGGAGUGUGCAGAGGAGCGGGGUGACAUGAGAGAACUUGGGAAGGUUGAACACCAGACGGGCUACAGCGUUCUGGAUAAGUUCUAGGGGUUUAAUGGCACAGGCAGGGAACCCAGCCAACAGCGAGUUGCAGUAAUCCAGACGGGAGAUGACAAGUGCCUGGAUUAGGACCUGUGCCGCUUUCUGUGUAAGGUAGGGUCGUACUCUGCAAAUGUUGUAGAGCAUGAACCUGCAGGAUCGGGUCACCGCUUUGAUGUUAGCGGAGAACGACAGGGUGUUGUCCAGGGUUAUGCCAAGGUUAUUUGCACUCUGGGAGGAGGACACAGUGGAGUUGUCAACCGUGAUGGCGAGAUCAUGGAGCGGGCAGUCCUUCCCCGGGAGGAAGAGCAGCUCCGUCUUGCCAAGGUUCAGCUUGAGGUGGUGAUCCGACAUCCACGCUGAUAUGUCUGCCAGACAUGCAGAGAUGUGAUUCGCCACCUGGUUAUCAGAAGGGGGAAAGGAGAAAAUGAAUUGUGUGUCGUCUGCGUAGCAAUGAUAGGAGAGACCAUGUGAGGAUAUGAGGACAUAGAGAAUCAAAAUAUGCAGAAAGGGAGGAAAGGAGGGUUGAGGAGGCAGAAUCAGGAGAUCGGAGGGAGAAGGAUUUAGCAGAGGGAAGAGAUGAUAGGAUGGAAGAGGAGAGAGUAGCGGGAGAGAGAGAGCGAAGGUUGCGACGGCACAUUACCAUCUGAGUAGGGGCAGAGUGAGUAGUGUUGGAGGAGAGCGCGAGAGAAAAGGAUACAAAGUAGUGGUCGGACACUUGGAGGGGAGUUGCAGUGAAAUUAGUAGAAGAACAGCAUCUAGUAAAGAUGAGGUCAAGCGUAUUGCCUGCCUUGUGAGUGGGGGACGGUGAGAGGGUGAGGUCAAAAGAGGAAAGGAGUGGAAAGAAAUGAGUCAAAGGCAGACGUAGGGAGGUUAAAGUCACCCAGAACUGUGAGGGGUGAGUCAUCCUCAGGAAAUGAACAAAUCAAGGCGUCAAGCUCAUUGAUGAACUCUCCAAGGGAACCUGGAGGGCGAUAAAUGAUAAGGAUGUUAAGCUUGAAUGGGAUAGUGACUGUGACCGCAUGGAAUUCAAAUGAGGAGAUAGACAGAUUGGUCAGGGGGAAAAGAGAGAAUGUCCACUUGGGAGAGAUGAGGAUUCCUGUGCCACCGCCGCGCUGACCAGAUGCUCUCGGGGUAUGCGAGAACACAUGAUCAGACGAGGAAAGAGCAGUAGGAGUAGCAGUGUUUUCUGUGGUAAUCCAUGUUUCCGUCAGCGCCAAGAAGUCGAGGGACUGGAGGGUAGCAUAGGCUGAGAUGAACUCUGCCUUGUUGGCCGCAGAACAGCAGUUCCAGAGGCUGCCGGAGACCUGGAACUCCACUUGGGUCGUGCGCGCAGGGACCACCAGAUUAGAGUGGCAGCAGCCACGCGGUGUGAAGUGUUUGUAUGGCCUGUGCAGAGAGGAGAGAACAGGGAUAGACAGACACACAAGCAGUCAGGAAAGCAAAGGCUAACUUUUUCAAACAGAAAUUUGCAUCCUGUAGCACUAACUCCAAAAAGUUUUGGGACACUGUAAAGUCCAUGGAGAAUAAGAGCACUUCCUCCCAGCUGCCCACUGCACUGAGGCUAGGAAACACUAUCACCACCGAUAAAUCUACAAUAAUCGAGAAUUUCAACAAGCAUUUUGCUACAGCUGGCCAUGCUUUCCAUCUGGCUACCACUAACCCGGCCACCAACUCUGCACCCUCUGCUGCAACUUGCCCAUGACCCCCCCGCUUCUCCUUCACACAAAUUCAGACAGCUGAUGUUUUGAAAGCGCUGCAAAAUCUGGACCCCUACAAAUCAGCUGGGCUAGACAAUCUGGACCCUUUCUUUCUAAAACUAGCUGCCGAAAUUGUCGCAACCCCUAUUACUAGUCUGUUCAACCUCUCUUUCAUAACGUCUGAGAUCCCCAGAGAUUGGAAAGCUGCCGCGGUCAUCCCCCUCUUCAAAGGGGGUGACACUCUAGAUCCAAACUGCUACAGACCUAUAUCCAUCCUGCCCUGCCUUUCGAAAGUAUUCGAAAGCCAAGUUAACAAACAGAUCAUCGACCAUUUCGAAUACCACCGUACCUUCUCCGCUAUGCAAUCCGGUUUCCGAGCUGGUCACGGGUGCACUUCAGCCACGCUCAAGGUCCUAAACGAUAUUAUAACCACGAUUGAUAAUAGACAGUACUGUGCAGCCGUCUUCAUCGACCUGGCCAAGGCUUUCGACUCUGUCAACCACCGCAUUCUUAUUGGCAGACUAAAUAGCCUUGGUUUCUCAAAUGACUGCCUCGCCUGGUUCACCAACUACUUCUCAGAUAGAGUUCAGUGUGUCAAAUCGGAGGGCCUGUUGUCUGGACCUAUGGCAGUCUCUAUGGGGGUGCCACAGGGUUCAAUUCUUGGGCCGACACUUUUCUCCGUGUAUAUCAAUGAUGUCGCUCUUGCUGCUGGUGACUCUCAGAUCCACCUCUACGCAGACGACACCAUUUUGUAUACAUCUGGCCCUUCAUUGGACACUGUGUUAACAAACCUCCAAACGAGCUUCAAUGCCAUACAACAAUCCUUCAGUAGCCUUCAACUGCUCUUAAACACUAGUAAAACUAAAUGCAUGCUUUUCAAUCGAACGCUGCUAGCACCCGCCCACCCGACUAGAAUCACCACUCUCGACGGGUCUGACCUAGAGUAUGUGGACAACUACAAAUAUCUAGGUGUCUGGUUAGACUGUAAACUCAACUUCCAGACUCACAUAAAGAAUCUCCAAUCCAAAGUUAAAUCUAGAAUCGGCUUCCUAUUUCGCAACAAAGCCUCCUUCACUCAUGCUGCCAAACAUGCCCUCGUAAAACUGACUAUCCUACCGAUCCUUGACUUCGGCGAUGUCAUUUACAAAAUAGCCUCCAACACUCUACUCAGCAAAUUGGAUGUAGUCUAUCACAGUGCCAUCCGUUUUGUCUCCAAAGCCCCAUACACUACCCACCACUGUGACCUGUACGCUCUUGUUGGCUGGUCCUCACUACAUGUUCGUCGUCAAACCCACUGGCUCCAGGCCAUCUAUAAAUCACUGCUAGGCAAAUCCCCGCCUUAUCUUAGCUCAUUGGUCACCAUAGCAGCACCCACCCGUAGUCUGCGCUCCAGCAGGUAUAUCUCACUGGUCAUUCCCAAAGCCAACACCUCCUUUGGCCGCCAUUCCUUCCAGUUCUCUGCUGCCAAUGACUGGAACGAAUUGCAAAAAUCUCUGAAGCUGGAGACUCUUAUCUCCCUCAAUAACUUUAAGCAUCAGUUGUCAGAGCACCUUACCGAUCACUGCACCUGUACACAGCCCAUCUGAAAUUAGCCCACCCAACUACCUCAUCCCUAUAUUGUUAUUUAUUUUGCUCUUUUGCACCCCAGUAUCUCUAUUUGCACAUCAUCUCUUGCACAUCUAGCAUUCCAGUGUUAAUACUAUUGUAAUUAUUCUGCACUAUAGCCUAUUUAUUGCCUUACCUCCAUAACUUGCUACAUUUGCACACACUGUAUAUAUAUUUUCUGUUGUAUUUCUGACUUUAUGUUUUUUUACCCCAUAUGUAACUCUGUGUUGUUUUUAUUGCACUACUUUGCUUUAUCUUGGCCAGGUCGCAGUUGUAAAUGAGAACCUGUUCUCAACUGGCUUACCUGGUUAAAUAAAGGUGAAAUAAAAAAUAAAAACACAUAGUUGACAGGCUACAGAAAAGGGUACAAUAAUGCAAAGGAGAUCGGAAUGAAAUUAACGAAACAUCUGGGAAAGCGAGACAGUGGGGCCUCCCUCACUUACGUUUCACUGAAACACUCAAAUAUAACUCUCCCAACUUCCACUUUAGAAAUUAUAAUUGUUGUAAACUACAGCGGUUCAAUGUUUUCUAGGAAUAUACUCUAACUUAGUUUAUUUAGCUAGCUAACUUGGUACAGUAUUCUGUAUGUAAAUCCGAGACAAUGCAUUUAGUAUGAUAUGUUACGUUUUGCAUGGUAUGUAUUAAUUUGUGGAUGUCCAGCACCCAUUUCAUAUGAUAUGUUACGAAUUACAAAUCAUAUUAUAUGUUAAAAAUGUUGUAACGUACAAUAUGUUCUGAAUUUGCAAAAUGUAUGAAAUGUUACGAAUUACAUUUACAUUUGUACAUUUUAGGCCUUUAGCAGACGUUCUUAUCCAAUUUACAGUAGUGAGUGCAUACAUUUUCAUAUUUGUUCGUACUAGGUGGCUAACGUUAGCUAGUUAACUGGGUUAGGGGUUAAGGUUAAGUUUCAGAGUUAGGUUAGCUAAAAGAGUUAGGGGAAGUGUUAGCUAACAUGCUAAGUAGUUGCAAAGUACCUAAAAAGUAGUUAAUGUUGCUAAAGUUGUCCGUGAUGAGAUUCGAACUCACAACCUUUGGGUUGCUAGAGUUUACGUUAUAUGCCCGCUCCGACCAACCACCCUACUUUCGUUCUUGCCUUAAGUAACCAUCUGUCUAAUGUAACCAUACCAAACGUAACAUAUCAUACUAAUUUGAGUGUCCCGGAUUUACUUUUACUGUGUUACGUCUAGUCUAUGAGACCAGGCUGAACAAUGAUGCCAAUGCAAAUAGAUAUCUUGUUGAGCAUUGCCAGUAUUGAACAGUAUCUAUCACUGAAAUGUGCUGCACAUAAUGCCUCGAUCAGACAGUGUCAUUGCGUUUUGGUACACCAGAGGUACAUUCAUUUCCAGUGGAACGCUGCGUUUGCCUUGCAGCAUUGCUUUGCAAAAGCAUAUGCAUCAAACCGUAUGUGUAGACUUGACAGAAAUAGUAGCAAAAGUUGAAUGUUGAACUUUUGUUGCACACACAUCCACUAAAAUGUUGGUUUACAUAAUGAAAAAAGUUUGACUGCAGAAUUUAUUAGGCAACAAUUGACACAAUGACACCUCGAUCAGACCUACAGCGUCAUUGCGUUUUGGUAUACCAGAAGUGCAGCAUUGUGUUGCAGAGGCAGCUGCAGUGCGCUCUGUGUGGUGCAUACGUUGCGUGUGUAGACUUGACAGAAAUAGUAGCAAAAGGUGAUUGUUGAAUUUUGUUGCACACACAUUCAGUAAUAAUUUUGGAUUACAUGGAUUAGCUAGACACUGCAGAAUUUAUUACACGGCAUUGAUGCAAUGACACUGUCGGCUUGAUUACUUAUUUCUUCAUUGUUUUGCACUGACUCCCUUUCGCUGGCUCUAUGCACACUCACUAGACUCUACCCGCACACAUACUUUUUUCUUUAGCAAAUAUUUGUCUUAUUUUUUAACUCUGCAUUGUUUAGAAAGGGCCCGUAAGUAAGCAUUGCACUGUAAAGUCUACACCCGUUGUAUUCGGCGCAUGUGACCAAUACAAAUCUAUUUCGAUUUGAUCGAGGCAUAAGAGCACAGCCACCGGAAGUCUAAACUUUCAACUGGCUCUCUACUCUCGAUUUUUUUCUGAUUUCACCAUCAAAAAUAACAAUGACUUGUAACACUUUUCUUCAGUGCAUGCUCAUUCAUUAAAAUGCUCAUUCAAAUGUGUGAGAUUUAAGAUGUGAAAUUGAAGGUUGUGUGGCUAUCCUAAACAUAAGAGGCUUAGACGGUAGGCACUAUGUGAAUAGCUAGAAGACUAAUGAGAUUAAUGCCUGUCGCCACUCUUUGCUCCAGAAUGUCACUGUGUUUCUCUGGAGUUGACAGCUGCUCCAUUGAAAGACACUGGAACUCCCAUUCCAUUUUGUGAACCCCUCUCACUUCUCUUCUGUGGCCUGGAUUCCUUUCUCAUUUCGUCAGAUGCACGAGGUCAUAGGAGACGUGCUUGCUAUUUGAAUCUGCGACAGUCAUUGGACGAAGCCUAUCACACACGUCAUUCAUUUCUGUCAGUUUCUCAUUUCAAUCAAAUGAGAAGAAUAAUCAGUUGUUUUGGUCUCGACAACUUGUUCCCCUUACUGAAACUCAUCGGAUUUUUCCUUCUGUUCUUAGCAGGAAGAAUGUGAGAUGUUCAGCUUGUGAUGGUUAGAGCCAGAGGUAGGGAUCAGAAUUGACAGCAUGGACGAGGACAAGGGUGAGUGGAGAUGGGUGAGGGGCUCUAUGCUGAGUGGGUAGGGGACCCAGAAACAAAACCAGGUUGCACUCAAUUGCAUUUACUUUAAUGAGACAAUGUUUUGGUCCGAGGUGGAUCUUUGUACGUUUUUUUCCAAAUAAUUUUGCCUCGUUAAAGGUAGUUUGGGUGCGAUAUUGUGCAGGCCUUUUAUCUUGUCCAGCACCUGAGUUCUGGUGAUGUGAGCAAGUGUCACCUCACUGAUUUCUAUGUAAGUUAUUCUCUCAUGGUAAAGAGUUGAGGCUAUAGGCUACAUGAAGUAGAUAAAGUUAUACUGAAAAAAAAUAUAAACGCAACAGUUUCAUUUAUUUUACUGUGUUACAGUUCAUAUGAGGAAUUCAUUCAAUUGAAAAAAUCAUUAGGCCAUAAUCUAUGGAUUUCACAUGUCUGGGAAUACAAAUAUGCAUCUGUUGGUCACAGAUACCUUAAAAAAAAAUGGGCCUCACAAUGGUCCUCAGAAUCUCGUCACGGUAUUUCUGUGCAUUCAAAUUGCCAUUGAUAAAAUGCAAUUGCGUUUGUUGUCCGUAGCUUAUGCCUGUCCAUACCAUAUCCCCACCGCCACCAUGGGGCACUCUGUUCACAACGUUGACAUCAGCAAACCGCUCGCCCACACAACGCCAUACACGUGGUCUACGGUUGUGAGGCCGGUUGGAUGUACUGCCAAAUUCUCUAAAACGACGUUGGAGGCGGCUUAUGGUAGAGAAAUGAACAUUCAUUUCUCUGGCAACAGUUCUGGUGGGCAUGCCAAUUGCACGCUCCUUCAAACCUUGAGACAUCUGUGGCAUUGUGUUGUGUGACAACUGCACAUUUUAGAGUGGCCUUUUAUUGUCCCCAGCAGCUGUGUAAUGAUCAUGCUGUUUAAUCAGCUUCUUUAUAUGCCACACCUGUCAGGCGGAUGGAUUAUCUUGGCAAAGGAGAAAUGCUCACUAACAGGGAUGUAAACAAAUUUGUGCACAACAUUUGAGAGAAAUAAGCUUUUUGUGCAUAUGGAACAUUUCUGGGAUCAUUUAUUUCAGCUCAUGAAACAUGGGACCACCACUUUACGUUGCAUUCAUAUUUUCGUUCAGCGCACAGUACGUUGUAGCCUUUACUGUAUCUUAACAACAGACAUUAAUCUGAAGUAACUAGCCUAGUCAGAAAGGCUAUAGAGUACAUUUUAAACAGGCUAAGUAUAGACUAGAGUGUGUAUGAUGUAUUGAGUUUAACUCAGCAUUGUGACACAUUUUUAUUAAAUCAAGGAAGUGCAGUCUGUUUUAUCCACUUCAUUAAUUUGAUGAAGUAAAAAUGCCAUAGAGUUUAUUUUGUGACAAAGCAAAUCCAUUUAGUGUCCUUUUGGUUUUUAUAAAAAGGGGAAUGUUUUAUUGCCAUAUCACAGAUAAUAGCAGUGGUGUGGUUGGAAACCUCAGUAAAACGCUGUAAUGAUGCAGAAGUUCUCGUCAAAGGCCUUGCAGUGUGCAUCCACCAUCUCUGGCAAGCGUUUAUGCAUGUUUCACACCUGGAGGGCACAUGAGCAAUACCAAGCCAUCACAAAGCCUUGUGCCUCAGCUGGGGACGACUGACCACAUAAACCGGCAAGCUAAAACACACACACACACAAACAUGCAUAUUGACGCCUCACACAUAGACACACUUUCACAUUCUUCACACACGUAGCUGCUACUCUGUUUAUCAUCUAUCCUAAUUGCCUAGUCACUUUUACCCCUAACUACAUGUACAUAUUACCUCAACUACCUCCUAUCCCUGCACAUUGACUCGGUCGCGGUACUGCUUGUAUAGCCUCGUUAUUUCUAUUUAAUUGUGUUGCUAAUUUUCUUACUUUUGAACUCUGCAUUGUUGAGGAAAGUGCUCGUAAGUAAGUAUUUCACAGUAAAGUUUACACCUGUUGUAUUUGGCGCAUAUGACAAAUAAAAUUUGAUUUGAUUUACUAGGCCUACAAAUUGAAAGCUAGCUUUUAUAUCUGCUUAAUAUCUGCUUUUACUGUUCAGUGUGAGUAGCUAGGCACAUCUGCCUUCCCAGCCUUCUAAGACAGGCUUUGCUGCCCUUUAUGUUCAGAAUGUACACCUAUCAUGACCAUCUCACCUUCACCGUAGUUCAACAUAGCUUUGUUUCUGUCAUUUUAUUGCCUUAAAAUGGGUGCUUUCCUCCUUUAUACACAUUAAUGAUUUAUUAGGUCAAGCCCAGUGUAGUUGCAUCAUGUUGGCUCGGAUCCCUAGAAAUGUGAAGCACACACAUGGGCGGUGAAAUUAUAGAAAGUAAGUCAUGCACACACAUCCUGGCAAUAGGAGCCCAUCUACAUGGCUUAGCCUAAAAAUAGGCAAGGGUAAAUUAUAGCCGCAGGGAGGUCAGGGGUUGAUACCAUCCUUCAAAUCCAUCUGCUGGGCCUGGCGAUCCUCCACACAUCCUACUCCACCAAGACCAGCACCUCUCCCUCCUUAGUUGUGGCAGGUAGCAGACUAUUCCAGCUGGGCCAGGGUGAGUGCCCAGAGCCUUCCCACUGGGCACACACUGGUUGAAUCAACAUUGUUUCCACGUCAUUUCAACGAAAUGAUGUAGAACCGACGUGGAAUAGACGUUGAAUUGACGUCUGGCCAGUAGAGCCUCCUAUUCAAUUAAGUCUUAUGACUCGAGUUGUAAUUAUAGCUUAGGGAGAAGAUUUACUAGGUCCUGGCUGGGGUUCUAUCAAAACUUUGUGGGCACUGACAGUGACAGGGGAGUCCACUUACACUGACUGGGAUGCCUGAGCCCUGAGGUGUAUUGUGUGGGGAAAGCGAAGUAAGUGCACAGUUGUACAAAACUUGUCACGGUUUCAUUGGUUUCACUUUGGCCUAGCCUGCGGGUGUUUGUCAGCUCCGUAGAAUUCAUCUUGUAAUAUUUGUAGUCUAGAAAUGCAGAUAAGGCUCAAAGUGAAGAGACAUCCAUCAUAAAGCUUUUGCCCAAAGAUGUGCGAAAUGAUAUCUCCAACAGUGACACAUCUGAUUUCUCUUGCAGAGAAGCCUGCCAUAGCCCCACCAGUGUUUGUGUUCCAGAAAGAUAAAGCUCAGAAGGUGAGAUACACACUCUUUUCACACCUCUUCUGAAAAUGUAAAAAGUGUGAUGGCAUGAUAUGAAGCGGACUUGGCUUCACACUGACUGGAUAAUUUCCUCGGUUUCCUGUGUCCGACUAUCUGUUUCUUUCUUCCUCUAUCUCUCCAUCUUUCUCUGUCAAAUCCUUAACAGAGAUCAGUAGAAGGGUCCAGUGCGGAGGAUGGAGAAGGUAAGGAUGAGGAGGGUAACAAGCAGGUUCUAGUGCUUUGGAAAAUUGAAAAUGUCUGUCUUUAUAUUUUGCACUGAACAAAAAUAUAAACGCAACAAUUUCAAACAUUUUACAUUUUAGUCAUUUAGCAGACGCUCUUAUCCAGAGCGACUUACAGUUAGUGAGUGCAUACAUUUUCAUACUGGCCCCCGUGGGAGACGAACCCACAACCCUGGCGUUGCAAGCGCCAUGCUCUACCAACUGAGCUACAGGGGACUAAACCCUACUUAACCCAUACCACUGACAGUUUGUUUCUUAUGCCUACACUGCCCCGUUGUGGUUUCUAACAGGGUAGCAGCUCAUUUUACUGAGUUACAGUUCAUAUAAUGAAAUCAGUCAUUUGAAAUUAAUUCAAUAGGCCCUAAUCUAUGGAUUUCACAUGACUGGUAAUACAGAUAUGCAUCUGUUGGUCACAGAUACCUUAAAAAAAAAAAGUAGGGGCGUGGAUCAGAAAACCAGUCAGUAUCUAGUGUGACCACCAUUUCCCUCAUGCAGCGCAACAUAUUUCCUUCGCAUAGAGUUGAUCAGGCUGUUGAUUAAAAUGUCAAUGUAAAAAAUGUAAACAAAUUUGUGCACAAUAUUUGAGAUAAAUAUUUGUGUACGUAUGGAACAUUUCUGGGAUCUUUUAUUUCAGCGCAUGAAACAAGGGGACAACACUUUAAAAUGUUGCGUUUUAUAUUUUUGUUCAGUAUAGUUACUUUGCUAGUCUUUGUUCAUUCUGUCUCCUCCAGACUCUGAUAAAGAUGAGAGUAGUUACUGUCCCCCGGCCAAGAGGGAAAGAACAUCGUCACUAACACAGUUCCCACCUGCACAUUCAGGUAGUUGUAUGUUUUGUUUCAUUAAAAUACUUUCCUUAGUGUGUGGAGAAAGGGUGUAUACUCAUGUUAUUUCUCCUUGUCUCUUGCAGUUUCUAAGAACAAUGUGUUCAUGCCAUCCAGUUUCUGUCAGUCCCCGACAGGAAAUAAUCAUUCAGAUUCAGAACCUGGUGAGUUCAUGAAUAGUUAUCUUAAGAUCUCCUUUUCAAUCUAUUUGAUAUUUGCAUGAUAAGGAAAACUACCCUUGAAGAAUAAUGACAAGAAUGUUCUGCUUUUUCUCCAUAAACAAAGUUCUGGCUUAGCUUCCAGCUAUCUCACGUUCCCUCGCUCUCUUUCUCAACAGAGGAGAAGACAGUUGGGUUUCGCCUGAAGCCUCCCACCCUGAUCCAUGGACAGGCUCCUAGUGCAGGUGGGUGCUCUCUCAAGUCAAUGUCAUGUUAGUUCCUAAGGCUUUAUUGUCCAUUAAGGGACAAAGGAAAUGUGUUUUGGGGGUCUAGUAUGCAGGCUCCGUAACAGGCAAAAACACAAUGUACAAAACAUCACAAGAAGAUGGCAAAAAGAUGGCCCUUCUUUGUCUGGCGUUGAUCUGUCCAGAGCCUUAUAUUUAGGCCAAGUAAAAUGUGUUGCAGGCGUCCCGAGCCAGAAACCCAAGGAGCUGCAGCGCAGUGUGCUACGACCAGCGGUACUGCAGGCCCCUCCGGCCACCAAAUCACUGACCCAGACCGGUAAGCACACUUUCAGGAUGGAUUAACCUUAGUCUUCAGAUCCUCUCAAACAAACAGCUUUAAGACUUUGUUCUGUUCUGCGAUGGCCAUUCUCCUCCAGCUUUCUUUCAUCUCAAUGUGCUUGGACAAAACAUCUGAAAGUGAAAGGAAUCCAACCAGUCUCUUCUUGUGGUCCUGAUAGGGUUGAACAGUGGUACGAAUGGAGUGAACAGGUCAUCAGAGGGUCUGACAGUCACCCAGAACAACACAGAGAACUGUGAUGGGUCGACCACGUCACAGGUAGGCGGAGAGGUGAAAGGGCGCAACACGGUAGCUACGUCUAGUUCACUUGAAUUAUUUAAAUGGCUGUGAAUACAGUGGCCUGUAAUAAACUAUAUAGUUAUCAAGCGAGUUCAUAACAACAACAAAAAACACAACAGGACAGACACAAAGGCAGGGUUUAUGCUUGAACAUUCAUCAUGGAAUUUCCAUGAAUGUCUCUCGCUGCUUUAAUCUUCUUUCAAGGAGAAGAAAAGCGAAGGGAUGAGAGUAGGAAAGGAGGAGGGAAAACAGAUCUUCCUGUGGAUCGUUUGUAUUUGGCCAGAAUGUCAAAGACAGAGCCAAGGUGACCUUGAAUAGUUAACUAAAGUGCAUGUCAUAUGGAAUACGUUUCAAAGAUGUUAUCAAGUGCUCUGGGCUUUGCCUCAUACCUGACAACACCCCAUUGGGUGUGUGGGUAAAUCACAAUAUAGCAGCCUCUUGUGUCCUUGCAUGCUUUGUUACGUUCUUUUGAUCUGUUCCUUUGUUGUUAUUUGUCUGAUCCUUACCCUUUUCUCCAUUGGUCUAGGUUGAGCAAAGCAGUGAACAGAAAGGCUCUCUGUCAGCAGAAUCAGGGGAAACCAAUUAUUUCCUACAAUACAGAAGCACUCCCAGGUUAGCUGUUUAUGGAUUCUGGCUCCAAUGGAUAUGAUCAGUAAUGUGUUUUAUUAGGCUACUCGUUCAUCAUCUCCCAUAUCUGACUAACAUCCUUUCUCCUGUAUUUCCCACCCAGCUUACAGAAGGCUGAGAACAAGGCUGAUGAUGGGGAUAAGUUUGUGUUUGGACAGAACAUGUCGGAUCGUGUCCUAGUAAGACUUGUUCUAUUGUGAGACUAAUCUAGUCAUCUUUUAUCACCGUGUUUUUUCUACCGUAUGUCCCUCUUCCAACUAAAGAUGGCAUCCACAAUGUUGUGUUAAAGCAUGUUGAAUUACAUUCUUGUUUUGCAGAGUCCGCAGAAAUGUGAGCAAGCAGCAGAGGGCAGUAGAGAUCCCCCCGCCGCUGCACCCUGUGAGCCCUCGUCACAGGACAGCAGCCCUGAGAAAGGUGGGUAAAUAAAGAAUGCUGGAUAUGAAAUGAAUGUUAAGAGGCGUAUGUAAUGGCAAUGCAAUGAAGUCAACACUGAUUUUUUUCAGGCCCCUACUAUUUGAUGGUGUUUGAAUGCGGUUUUGGUUCUCUUCUUUGCAGACAACAAUGUGACAGAGUCUUUGGAGGAGUCGGCGGCAGCCUACACCAAAGCUACAGCCAAGAGGUGUUUGUUAGAGAAAGUAGAGGUCAGAACUGGAGAGGAGUCUGAGAGUAACGUUCUUCAGGUAUGCAAGAGGUCUCCUACGUGUUUGGUGUUUAGUUGGUCGAUUUCAAUGUCAGAGAAUGUUUGUAGUAACAUUCCAUUUACUUUACCAUGAAAUUUAGCAAUUGCUGAUUGAUAGUUUUGCGUUUAUAUGUCUCCUCAGACAGUUGGAAAUAGGCUGAAAUGGUACAUGGUCAUUCUCUGACAGUGGCAUGUUUUUUGUCUCCUUAGGUCCAGUGCAAGUUAUUUGUGUUUGACAAAGCGUCCCAGUCUUGGGUGGAGAGAGGUAGAGGACUACUAAGGCUCAAUGAUAUGGCUUCCACAGAGGAGGGAUCGUUACAGUCCAGGCUGGGUACAGUCAUUAAUCAUGAAUUAAUCAUUAGUCAUGAAUCAAAUCAUAUCAACCAUUUAGUGCAUUUACAAAUCUCAAUACACGUUACUGUCAUGCCACAUUACCCUGGAUUGUAUCGUAUGAUACUAUGGAGUUGUUUAUGUACAUCUGUCAAAACGCAACUCCCGUUUGAAGGUAUUGGUUAUUCUAUACAUUGUUUCUGACCUGAGUUUGUAUUAUUUUCUGUGCUGUAGUGAUGAGGACCCAGGGCAGUUUGCGUCUGAUCCUCAACACCAAACUGUGGCCUCAAAUGCAGACGGACAAGGCCAGCGAGAAGAGCGUCCGCAUCACAGCCAUGGACACUGAGGACCAGGGGGUCAAGGUCUUCCUCAUAUCGGUACGAGAAAGACAUCAUUAGUUAUUACCAGAGCCAUAUAUUUAAGAGUGUUAGGCCAACUUUUAGAAUGUUUAAUAUUGUUCUUAUUCUAGGCUUUCAGUUACAUAGAAUUGUUUAAAUAUUCCCCAUGUAAGUUAAUGGGGAGCUUACAUGGCUGCCAUAGAAUGUUGAAGUGUCAUGUAAAUGCAUCAUAAUGCGGAAACCACAUUGGCCCAACUCUCUAAAUACAUGGCUCUGGUUAUUACAUAGUAAUGACACUGACUGUGGUAAUAGAUGUUGAGUAUAUCUAACACUGCCAGAACAUCCAGUUUAGUGCUGAGUUAUGUGUCUGUUCCAGGCAAGCUCUAAGGACACAGGGCAGCUGUACGCAGCACUGCACCAUCGUAUCCUGGCCCUGCGGAGCCGCUCAGACCAAGAGCCAGAGCCCCGGGUCCCCAUCCCAGACAGCCACAUCCCUCAUCCCCAGUCUAACGAGGAGGAUAGUGAUGAGGACGAACCGCUCACACCCACUGCCAACAACACAGGUAAACUAGAUAACCUUUUAGCCUAGCUGUUACCCUAACUUUUCCAAUCGCCACAAACUGAUCUGAAGACCUCUUACUGUGAUUGUUCAAAAAAGUGAUCUAAUGAUAUCCUGGACACAAAGUAAUGGUCCAAAACUGUUAUCUGGAAGUGAUCUGGGAAAAGUUGUCUGGAGGUCCAAGAAAGUUAUCUGGACAUGCCCCCUAAUGGUCCAACAAAUGUAUUUGAAAGUCCAAGUAAGUGAUCUUGGACACCCUCACUGAUGGUCCAAGGAAGUGAUCUGGGGGGAUUCAAGGAAGUGAUCUUUUUCCUUGGAUGUUGUGAAGUGUCUUGGAUUUUCCCUUAUUUCAUGCAAGCAAAAAUAUCUGGCCCAUUCAAAAAGCCCAAGAAUGUAAUUUAAAACACUAUUUGAUUGGACUGCCCCUAGCCUAUCACUCACCAGGCCUGUCUCUCCUCUCCCCAGAGGGUCCAGAGUCCCAGGCCUGCGGGACUGGCAGUGGGAGUGGGUCCUCAUAGCACCUGCCCCCCUCCAACCGCCCACGCACUGCAGUAAGGACCCCUUACAGGCACCUCCAUGGACACCUCAGGCCAGCAUCUCCCCAGUGGUCCAAGGUCACAGUGGAGCGCCAGGAAGGAUCCUAUGCAGGUGUUACUAAGUUAACUCUGCAGUUCACACUCUGCAUUCACAGUAUAUCUGGGAUGGAUGGACUUUUUUGUUUAGUUUUUGACUUCUUUUUUUUUUUUUUUCUAGAAUAGGAUUUUUGUGGGGUUGGGGGGGGAUGUUGUGAAUUGGACACUCAUCAUAUUGAUGAGUGAAGGGAAUGAGAAAGCAGUUUUCUUCUCUCGCCGAUGUAAGUAUAUUCUAAAUAGUUUGCUGUUAAAAGUGGGACCUCUUUAUCCACCUUGCAAGAGAACAGACCUCAGGCACUUCAGUGGGGCUUGUAUUUUGUUCAGAGAGGUAAAGAUUGAGUUGCCUAGCAAAUAUUUGUUUAUAAAGUCUUUUUUUAUUUCACUGAGUUUUGUCAUUGAAUAGUGUCUGGACUCUUGCUUCAAGUUGUCUUUUAGUCUGUAGUCCACAUUAUAAUUGAUUUUUGACCACAAAUCGGUUGAAUUAGAAUCCCUUGUGCAAACACCUGCUUUGACUUUAGUAGCCAUAAAAGAUUUUUUAAAUAAUUCAAUUUAAUAAUGGAAUUUACCUGUGUUCAUGAUUAUUAUUAUUUCUGGUACAUUACGUUUUUAUUGAUAGUUAAUAUUAUCGACUUUGAUU